AAUUCGGGUUACUAGCAGCGAGAGCAACUAGCGUCAGAGGCGGUGGUAGCAGCUCCUCCUCCUCUAGUCAUCCUCCUCUUCUCCUACCCCAGCCUCUGGAGGUAACGGAGUUCAGAAUUCGAACUUGGCACCCGGACUCACCGCAUCGAACAGAUUCCAGAUCUCCCCAUUCCCGGGGCCCAGGCAGCGGCGCUACCAUGCGAGGCUGCGAGAUCUCCCUGGUCCUUUUGGUCCUAGUCCUCUGCGAGGCGCCCUGGGGGACCGCGGCUCCCUUGCAAUCAGUUAGCGUGGAGAAUCUGAUGGCCAAGUUAUACCCGAGGGGGAACCACUGGGCCGUAGGACAUUUAAUGGGAAAAAAGAGCACUGGAGACUUCCCAUAUGCUUAUGAAGGAGGAAACAAGGUACCAUUUUCACCCAUGGUACCUGACAUUUCCAAGCCGCUAAGUGAAUACCUGCAGUGGGAAAAAGUGGAGAAGAAUUUAUUGCCCCUGUUAGAAGGAAAGGAUGAUAGAAGCAGUCAGCUACUUCGGCACAGCCUCCUGGGCUACCCUCAGUCCACUGGGGACUUAGACACUGAUGGCAGCACUAAAGAUGUGGUGGAAUCCUUACUUCAGGUUCUUGACAUGAAGGAAAACAUCCUGAGCUGAACUGGAGAUGGUCUCUUUCAAAGGAACAAUAUUCUUAUGUGACUAUGGUCUAUGAGCACUGAUUGUAUCAGAUGACAAUGUUGUUUGCUUUGCGUAAAAAAGAUUUCUUUAGAGCAAAUUAUGUCACUAUUCUUGUAUCUUUCCACCUUGGCUAAAUCCAUGAAUUUUUUAAGCAUCAUUUUGUUUGAACUGCUUUGCUGUCAAUAAUUGUCGAGGAAGUAUCUGCUGAUCUUUACAUUUUCCCAAUCCAUUUAGUCUAUUUGCUCUUUCUUUUUGAGACUCCUGAUAUGUCAACAUUCAAUAAAGAUUAAAAUUCUUUUGAAAAGGCAA